CACUUAGCUACAGCCAACCGCCCAAUGCAGCACUCGCUCGCUCCCCCCACCAGCGGAAGCGCCCGCGGAGCACAAUGCAGCACUGAGGCAGCGCCGCGGUGGAGGCUGCAGCUCCUUGGCAGCUGCAGCAUCGGCCCGGGCUGGGAGGGGGCGGCUGAGGGAAGCCGGAGGGCUCUGAGCUAGAGAGCCGGACCCGGCAGCCCCGGCAUGAGAAGCUGAGCGUCUCGGGCGCGGUAGGCUGACAGCAGCACUAUGCAGGCGGCAGCGACUGCGUCCGUGCCCUUCUUGCUGCUCUGCGCCCUGGGGACCUGUCCCCCGGCGCUCUGCGGCCAGGCAGGAGACGCCUCUUUGACGGAGCUGGAAAGGAGGAACGAAAACCGCUUCCUGGAGCGCCAGAGCAUCGUGCCUCUGCGCCUCAUCUACCGCUCGGGAGGCGAAGACGAAACUCAGCAUGACGAGCUCAACACUCGGGUGCGGGGCGACCUCGGCGGCCGGCAGUUGACUCAUGUUGACCAGGCAAGCUUCCAGGUUGAUGCCUUCGGGACGUCAUUCAUUCUUGAUGUCACGUUAAACCAUGAUUUGUUGUCCUCGGAUUACAUAGAGAGGCACAUCGAACAUGGAGGCAAGACUGUGCAAAGCAAAGGAGGAGAGCACUGUUACUACCAGGGCCAGAUCCGAGGAAAUCCUGUCUCAUUUGUUGCAUUGUCAACAUGUCAUGGACUUCAUGGAAUGUUCUAUGAUGGGAACCACACAUAUCUCAUUGAGCCAGAAGAAAAUGAGACGGCCCAGGAGGAUUUCCAUUUUCAUUCAGUUUACAAAUCCAGACUCUUUGAAUUUCCCAUGGAUGAUCUUCCAUCUGAAUUCCAACAAGUAAACAUCACUCCACCAAAAUUUAUUUUGAAACCAAGACCAAAAAGGAGUAAACGGCAGCUUCGAUAUCCUCGUAACGUAGAAGAGGAAACCAAAUACAUCGAACUGAUGAUUGUGAAUGAUCACCUCAUGUUUAAAAAGCACCGCCUUUCUGUUGUGCAUACCAACACCUAUGCCAAAUCUGUGGUGAACAUGGCAGAUAUAAUAUAUAAAGACCAACUUAAGACAAGGAUAGUAUUGGUUGCCAUGGAAACCUGGGCGGCUGACAACAAGUUUGCCAUAUCUGAAAAUCCAUUGAUCACCCUACGUGAGUUUAUGAAAUACAGAAGGGAUUUUAUCAAAGAGAAAAGUGAUGCAGUUCACCUUUUUUCGGGAAGUCAAUUUGAGAGUAGCCGGAGCGGGGCUGCUUAUAUUGGUGGGAUUUGCUCGUUGCUGAAAGGAGGAGGCGUGAAUGAAUUUGGGAAAACUGAUUUAAUGGCAGUUACACUUGCCCAAUCAUUAGCCCAUAAUAUUGGUAUUAUCUCAGACAAAAGAAAAUUAGCAAGUGGUGAGUGCAAAUGUGAGGACACAUGGUCUGGAUGCAUAAUGGGAGACACUGGCUAUUAUCUUCCUAAAAAGUUCACCCAGUGUAACAUUGAAGAGUAUCAUGACUUCCUGAACAGUGGGGGUGGCGCCUGCCUGUUCAACAAGCCUUCCAAGCUGCUCGACCCUCCUGAGUGUGGCAAUGGCUUCAUUGAAACUGGAGAAGAGUGUGACUGUGGAACCCCUACAGAAUGUGUCCUUGAAGGAGCAGAGUGUUGUAAGAAAUGCACCUUGACUCAGGACUCUCAAUGCAGUGAUGGUCUCUGUUGUAAAAAGUGCAAGUUUCAGCCUAUGGGGACUGUGUGCCGAGAAGCAGUGAACGAUUGUGAUAUUUCUGAAACAUGCUCAGGAAAUUCAAGCCAGUGUGCCCCUAAUAUUCAUAAGAUGGAUGGAUAUUCAUGUGAUGGUACUCAGGGAAUUUGCUUUGGAGGAAGAUGUAAAACCAGGGAUAGACAAUGCAAAUAUAUCUGGGGACAAAAGGUGACAGCAUCAGACAAAUACUGCUAUGAGAAACUGAACAUCGAGGGGACUGAGAAGGGAAACUGUGGGAAAGACAAAGACACAUGGAUACAGUGCAACAAAAGGGAUGUGCUUUGUGGUUACCUUUUGUGUACCAACAUUGGCAAUAUCCCAAGGCUUGGAGAACUCGAUGGUGAAAUCACAUCCACUUUGGUUGUGCAACAGGGAAGAACAUUAAACUGCAGUGGUGGGCAUGUUAAGCUUGAAGAAGAUGUAGAUCUUGGCUAUGUGGAGGAUGGGACACCCUGUGGUCCUCAAAUGAUGUGCUUGGAACACAGGUGUCUUCCUGUGGCUUCCUUCAACUUUAGUACUUGCUUAAGUGGUAAAGAAGGCACUGUUUGUUCAGGAAAUGGAGUGUGCAGUAACGACCUGAAGUGUGUCUGUGAUACGCUCUGGACAGGUGCAGACUGCAGCACGUUGUUACUUCACAAUGAAGGUCCAAAGACUAGCAACGGUGUUGCUGGCAUCAAUAUCAUAAUAGGCAUAAUUGCUGGCACCAUUUUAAUGCUGGCCCUCAUAUUAGGAAUAACUGCCUGGGGUUAUAAAAACUAUCGAGAACAGAGACAGUUACCCCAGGGAGAUUAUGUAAAAAAGCCUGGAGAUGGCGACUCUUUUUAUAGCGACAUUCCUCCUGGAGUCAGCACAAACUCAGCAUCUAGUUCUAAGAAGAGGUCUGCUUUUCUGUCGCAUUUUCAGAUUUCUACCUGUUCCAUCACACAUUAUUCCAUUAGUCAGAACAUUUCAUUAUUUUGCAGCAGGUCAAAUGGGCUCUCUCAUUCUUGGAGUGAAAGGAUUCCAGACACAAAACAUAUUUCAGAUAUCUGUGAAAAUGGGCGACCUCGAAGUAACUCUUGGCAAGGUAAUGUGGGUGACAACAGAAAGAAAAUCAGAGGCAAAAGAUUUAGACCUCGAUCUAAUUCAACUGAGAGGGAGCCCCAAGCACCUGAGCCUGGGCACUCCCUCGCCCAGACAGUCCCAUCCCAAGGCAUAAGCCCAGGGGGCUCUGACAGCCCCCAGACAGGGAGUCUGGAUCACAGGACUUUAUCUCCUGCCAAGUCUCCUUCUUCAUCAACUGGGUCCAUUGCAUCUAGCAGAAAGUACCCUUAUCCAAUGCCUCCACUUCCGGAUGAGGAGAAGAAAGUGAAUCGACAAAGUGCCAGGCUAUGGGAAACAUCCAUUUGAGAUCAACUGUUUACAUGUGACACAUCAAAACUGUUUACUUCAACUUUUAUAGAAGCCCAGCCUCACGGAAUCACUGCAAAUCUAUCUGCUCUUCAGAGGACACCAAUACCCUCUGAGAUGCCACAGAGGAGAGGAAGCUGUUUCACAUCUGGAUACCAUUUUCUUUUUGUCAUUGGCUUAGGAUUUAACUGAACCAUGAAAAGAACUACUGACAUGUCACAUUAUAACACAGAACAAUAAGGGUACUGGUAUGUUAAUGGAUAAUCCGCAUGACAGAUAUAUGUAGAAAUAUCAAUAAAAUUAACUCACAUGACCCCAAAUGUAGCAAGUUUCCUAAGGGACAAUAGUGGUUUCAGAACUUCACAUUCUGAAGCGCAUCCUCAUUGUAUACAGUAAUGCUAUAUGCAUGAAGCUUCUGUUUAUUGUUUUCCAUAUUUAAGGAAACAACAUCCCAUAAUAGAAACUAGCAUGCAGGGCUACGGCAUAUAGGAUUUUUCUGCAGGACUUUACAGCUUUGAGAGGCCAAUAUCCCAUAUGCUAACUUUAAACAUGUAUUUUUAUUUUUGUUUUUUACUUUUCAUAUUUAUAUAAGCAUUCAAGGACAAUUGUACAUAUGUAAACAUUUUUAAAAUUAAAAAAGCAGCUGUUACACACAAGUGUAUUUUGCCAAAUGCCUAAAAAGAGUCAGUCACAAUCACAUCAUCCUCCACCAUCCAAUGGUCUUCAAAGAGUAUAAGCAGAUGAUGUAAAUAUAGUGGUCAAUGCUGUAAAUGUGUCUCUCCAUAAUUGGUAUUUGUUGAAAACAUGUGAUAUCCCUUUAAACUGUGUGUAGUCUGGAGGCCGUUUUAUUGAGUCAGCAAGAAACAAAAUGCUCAGCAAAACUUCUGGCCUCCAUAGCUUGCUAAAGCAGGAGUCCAGUAGUGUGGCUGCCUUGCUGCCUUGAGACUAUGCUGGUGGUUGCUCUCUGGGCCCCCAUCCACUAGCCCAUGCACUUCUCUUCUGGGGGUACAUGGUGCCUGCCGCAGCAGCUAUUCUCUUCCACUUCCAGAGCAUAUCAACUAGUCUCACCCUGGAGGCCGUGAGCCCCAAGCAGUGUGUUCUGCUGAGGUUAAGCAGGUGAACCAAAGACAAUCCAGACCACAAACUGCUGGUGAACUGGUAGCUUCCAUCUUGCCAAUACUCUAACCCUUCUGUGUAGCCUGAAGUUUUUUUUCCUUGACAAAACUUUUCAGCCACCUUUAUCUGUGAAAGAAUGACUUGUAACAAAAACAACUUCUACACUGUUUAUUAAGGGUAUUUGUUAACACUGGGAUGUGAGUCCCAACAGGUCAUUCUGCGCUCACCCUGGAGCAAGAUGAUGGAUGGUUCUGCUGUCUGAGCUGGGAAGCCUCAACAGGGCAUAAAGGGUUAAAUGAAAUCUAAAGCCACAAAGAUGCAGCAACUGGAAAAUUAUACAAACAGCAGCAGAAAGAAUCUGAUGUCUUGAGCCCUGUCAUCUUUAAUCCAUAGAAAAAUGAGAAAUUUAUGUUCAAAGCCCUGUUUUUAAACCAAAAGUUCAAUAGCUAUUAUAAUGCCAGCCUGUCAGUCCAAAAAAAAAUUUAAAAAAAAGGCACUCUAGUGAGGUCAGAAAUUGAUGGGAUCAAUCGUGAUCUUUUGUGAUGAAGUAUACUUCUGAUUUCCUCUUUUUAAUUUUUAUUUUUUUCUACAUUUGCUUGAGAGGAAGGGAAUCAGCUGAUAAGAUUUCAGGAAUGCCUUCUAAGUUUGAUUUCUUCUGGUAAUGUACAUGGACAAAAUCCACUUCAUCUCCCUAUGUAAUCACCCUAGUUGCCCAAACUUCCAGUUAGAAGACUGUGUUUCAUCCUCAGUGUUCAUGUCUUCUGUAGAAGCCCUCUCUUCUGCAAGUCUUUGAAAAUGUUUGAAAAGUGGUUUCAUCAUCCAGAAUUAUAUAUUUAAUUAUCUAAACUUUGUGGAAAAUAGCAGUUUUUCACAACAGGAAAUGAUGUGAUUGUUGAUACCUCAAUAAAACAAUCCGUCAGACCAAGGCUGGUGUGAGUGGUGAGCAGUGUUGCCACAGAGCUCUAGCCAAGGACAGAAGGGCAGACAGAUUAAAAGAUGUAGCAAAUAAGGUGACUUGACCAAGAUCAUUUUAAAUGUGCACUGAAUGUUUUCUGGUAUUGAGUGUAUAAAAGGCUAAUAAGGUUUAUUUUGACUACAAAAGAGUUUAUAGAUUUGAAUGUAAGGUGCCUCAUGUAAAUAUCCUUCCUAGUUAUAGUUCCAUAAGCCCUAUUUGAAAGAAUCCACAAAUGGCUAGCUACUCCAUUGGUUAUCUAUCUUUCUCACCUUCUCAAUUAUUUUUACUGAAAAUUAUUAUUUCCAAAAGAAAAUAAUUAUGUGCCUUUUGGGAGAUAUGGUUGUUCUAGAGGUAUAUAGUUUGUAAUCAUACUCAUUGGUAAUAACCUUCUUUUGAAACUGAGUGAAAAGUGAUUGGUCUGUUUGCAGAGAUUAUGAUUUUAGAAAUAUAAUAGCUUCAAUGUUCUGUGCUGAAUAUCUACUCUAUCUCCCGUGUUUAAACAUUCUAGAACCGUUUGUGGAAUUCUUUGACAAAUUUUAGCCUCAAAGGAUAGUUUCAAGAAGUAUCUAUAUGUACACUCAUGAUUGAUGUUCUAGAGCAUUACGUCUAAAUAUUUAUGACUUUUCAUUCACUGAGGUAGACAGAAUGGAUCCAUGGCACCAAAUAAAAGCACAGAUAAUAUAUCUUUUUAAAUAUUUAUUUUGGAGAGAAACUUUGAGGACACAUUGCAGUUCAUAUCAUGCAACUAAUAUUCAUAUUCCCCAGUUCAACAUGGGAUUAUUACUAAGCUGAAAAGAGCAUUUAUUUGACCCUUACAUUCCAUUGUAUGCCUUUCCCCCCACUUUCUGAAGUUCUGUGCAUAGUUAGGACUUCAGAUUGAUAACCCUGCUGUUUGAGAUGUUCCAUUUAUCCAUAUUCAUCACAGUUCUGAUAUAAAAAGACUUUUAGAUGUCUCCACUAAGAGUCAACAUGGGAGUUGUGGAAUGACAGGGACCCCUUAAAGAGUGGAUUAGCUAGACUAACUGUUCUCUGCAUCCAGCACUUACUCCCCACCCCGACUCUGCCUUCUUUCCUAGUACUGGGGAUUGAAUGCAGGGGUGCUCCACCACUGAGCUACACCCUCAGCCCUUUAUGUUUUUAAAUUUGAGACAGAGUCUCAUUGAAUUGUCUAGGCCAGCUUCAAACUCGCUAUCCUCUUGCUGCAGUCUACUGGGUUACUUGCCACCAUAUCUGGCUCAUCCAAUUUCCUAAAAUAGGAAGCAAAAUCCUCCUCUGGAGUCACCAAGCUAGAAAAUGACCCUCAGUCACAUGCAGUCUGUGAAAAGGAAAAAGUCAGUAUGUCUCCAAUAGAUCAUCACAAUGAGGGCUCCCAGACUUACUUUAGUGAUGUGUGUGUGUGUGUGUGUGUGUGUGUGUGUGUGUGUGCGCGCGCGCGCGCGCGCGCGCGCAUGCGUGCUGGGAAUUGAACCCAGGGGCACUUUUACCACUGAGGUACAUUCCCCAGCCUUUUUUAUUUUUAAUUUUGAGACAGAUCUCACUAAGUUGCUUAGGGCCUUGGUAGGUUACUGAGACUGGCCUCAAACUUGGAUCCUCUUGCUUCAGCUUCCUAAGCCUCUGGGAUUACAGGCAUACACCAUCACAUCCAGUGAAGUUGUAUUUUUAAAGAAGCUCAGCACCUCAAUUAGGAAUAACCUACCCUAACAAUUGUUAUAAAAACUAAUUGACCAGCCAGGUGCAGUGCCACAUGCCUGUAAUCCCAGCUAUUCAGGAGGAUGAGGCAGGAGUAUUGCAAGUUUGAGGCCUCCCACAUAAUCCCUUCCAAUUGACUAAUAAAUAAAAGAUAGGGUUAAAAUUCCAAGCCUAUUUUUCAGUUUGGUAUGGUGUUUAUUAAGUGAUACUGCAGUUCCUCUUUUUCCCUUUUGCUUUCAAAGACUUUGAGAAUUGUUUUUGUGCAUAAGGUCAGUUCAGCAUAGAAUUUCUGAAUGUAAGAUUGAUAUGGUUUCUAAAAGAAGCUAGUGAAAGAUAAAAUUAGAUAUUCUGUGUGCUUCUAAGGAGAGGCUGUGUUUGAAUUCUAUAACAAGCUCACAGUUCUCAAUCUUUUCUGUUGAAGCCCUUGCAUAUUUGCAUCAUUUAAUCCUGCCCUAGAUCUUUUGUGGACACUUUACCUGUUACCUUUUUUCAGAUUUUAUUUAUUUUUAUUUUUUUGUUUAGAUACCUUUGAGCCAGAGGAAAUAAUAGUAUUUCUGUCACUUCUUUCAGUGUUUCAAAAUCAUGUUUGUUUAUUUAUUUAUGUCAUCCAUUUAUUUCCUGUUGUUAGUGUUCCAUUUUUACCUUAAAAACACACACACACACACACACACAAACACAUGCAUGCACGGACGCAUGCACAAACUUUAUUUCUUUGUUAUUCAACAUGAUAAUAGAUCCUAAAGAAAAGACUAUUUUACUUAUCUUAAAGGACAGGAAGGCUAGAUAUUGAGUGGCUUGUGUGUGGUGGGAGUGGAGAACAAACUGUGGAACUGUCAGGACUGAAGAGAGGCAAGACAGUUGCCUUCACAGCCCGAUUUGGAAGCUGCUUGCUGCUGCCACUGGAUGCCACAAUAUGGGGCGUAUUGUAAAUAUCUUCUUCCAGUUGGUAAGUUGGCAUGAAUUUUCCAUGAAACACUCUCCCAUUUGCAUUAUAAUUAUCUAUUUUUCCUUAACUUUAUGUUUUCCUUUAAAAUUGUCACCUAAAUACAUUUCCCUCCUUCAAUGUAUGGAGUCAAGAUAAAUUUCUCAUUCUCUCUCUACCAGUUUAAAAGAUUUAAAAAGCAACAUAUCCAUGGAAUAGGGUUUAAUUUCAAACUCAAAUGUUUAUUUUCCUCUUCUGAGAUACUUUCUGAAUGGAUAAGAUUAAUCUGAUUUUGGAUUCAGCAAAAUAUUUUCUCCUCGCACUGGAGAACUAAGCUUUCAUAAAUAUCUUUCCCUGGUUAUUACAUUGUGAGGCACCUGGUCUUCGAUUGUGGCAAUUGCCUGGUGCAGGAGUCCCUCCAAGUUGUGUGAAUGGGAGCUUUUAAAGUGCACCUGCUGGGAACUGCUGGCAUGUGCUCACAGCAUAUGCUGUCAGGCAGGUGUUUUGACUACCAAGAGGAGCGGUUCUACCACUUCUGCAGGUGCAGAACAAAGAUGGUUAAGAUUUUAGAAAAUGGAAGAUACUAUUUCUAUUCACAUUUUAUUCAUGGUUUUGUCAGAAUUCUCAACAUGGAACAUCUUUGUUUUGUAAGCAGUACAACAAAAUAAAUAUUCAAAACAAAAACCUGCCUAGUUAGUAUUUCUGCCCCUUAUAUCCAUGGCCUGACAAACAGUAAGCAUCCUCACUAGGGGAUUUGAGGGAUGCUUCAGAACCUUGCUGUUUCUGAAGUAGCUCCCCCUUGAGUAGCUGUGCAGCACUUUCCUCCUAGUUAGCUUUCCCUGUCAUGGAGGCUAGUACUUCCAUGUGGAGACUGGAAGGACACCAGGGGUGUAGGGUGGGGUGGGAGGCAUUGUUAGCCUCCCUUUGACACUUUAGCAUGUAUUUUGCAACUUGGAAAGUCACUGAGAGACAGGCCCUAAGGUGUGGAUAUCAGAAUGGGGAGGAGAUAAGUAGUAGUAAGAUUUGAGAUAUCAUGGGGCAGUUGUUUAGUCCUGGCUUAGAAGAACCUGAAAGCCAAGCAGGCACAAAAGCUCUAAAUGGUCUCUAGGCAUGUGGUAGGGAAAGAGAUAGUGGGAGCCUAAGGCAGAUUUGUGUGCUUUACAGCUUUCGCCAGUGGUGGCUCUGUAAGUGCUUCAUGGUCCAGUGGGGUGUCCCUGUUGCAUUGUUGGUAGAACUUGCCACAUAACAGAGAGGUGCUUCAAGGGAAGCAGGAUUUUGGUGAGAGGCAUCAUCAUUUCAUGUUCCAAGUUCCCCUAGAAUCAAAACUUAGCAAAAUGUGUGUUUUGUUCUUUUUGUUUUGGUACUGGGAAUUGAACCUAGGUGUGCUUAACCACUGAGAAACAUCUCUAGCCCUUUUCACUUUUCAUUUCAAGACAAGGUCUUACUAAGUUGCUUAGGGCCUUGCUAAAUUGAGACUGACUUGUGAUCCUCCUGCCUCAGCCUCGUGAGUCACUGGCAUUACAGGUGUACGCCAUCAUGCCUGGCUCUGUGUGUUUUGUUUGGUUUCAUUUUAUAAAAAGGCAUACAAUGAGAGUACACAGUCUUGUUAAGAUAAUGUGCAUACAAACCAUCAAUCAUAAAAUUUCAAAGAAAAUUAGUUUCCCCUUUAUUUGUGUGUGUGUGCAUGCACACACUAAUCUGCAUUCACCUGAGGGCUUAGCCUUUUAUUUUAUGAAGUUUCAGUCUGUGAUUUGUUUUGAUGGUUAAGCUCUAAAAUAACACUAAUUUCCCCCAAAUCUACAAAUAUAGCGGUGCUAAGUUAUAUCAGAUAACACAAUACAGAGAGUGCUGAUAGGAAUUAAUACUUAGUAAUAAGACAAGAAUUCCUGCUAAAUUAUGCAUGUGUAUCACUGCCUGAUUAGAAACCCCACUUUUUUUUUCUAAUCCAGCACAAAAUCAAACUGUGAUUCUACAACCAGUCUUUUUAAUGGGUAAAAAUGACCCAACACCUUUGUUUUGUAUGGGGAACUUUUUUUCUUAACACUAACUUCAAAAGCUUAACAAAAGGAUCUUUCAGAAUAACUCAGCAUGUGCUCCUUUUUAACUUGUAAGAAGACUUGUCCCUCUAAACUAGAAUCCCCAACCGACAUCUUUCAGAAACUGGGUGUUCUAUUUAAUCAAAGCAGUUUAUGUUAGUCUGUUUAGGUCUGUGCUAGUGUUUUCCACAUCUGCCAUCCUUGAGGGGUGAUUCCAUCUGCACAUGAUGGAAAUCACCCUGCAAGGAAGUGUUACUAGCAGUACGGUUUCACUUUUGGUAACCAGGUACUUAUGUAUAUAUAUUAAGAUUUGCAUCAUUUUAACAUUCUCUCUGCUACUCUGCACUUCAGGUUCUUACGCUAUUUUAAAAAUAAUUGGGUUUUGGCAAACACCAACUGAAAUGUAUAUGGGACUGCUUUCCUGGGCAAGUGUGAUUUGUUUUAUGGCCAUUCAAGUUAUAAAAUUGUUCUUGCAUUGUAGGUAAACAAAAUCUUGCUGUUUUUAAAGGUCAUUGUAACUUGAGGUUCAAAUUUCUGACGCAAUUUUAUUAGUAUUCACUUCUGAAGCUAAUAAGAUACCAGUUUUCUAUGUUACUCUCAUUGUAACAUCAAUAAAGUGACUUUCAAUAAAAGAUUUAUGUUAUUUUGA